AAGAGCGACUGCGCGUGUGCUGGCAGUCUCGAAUGUCAUCAGUAUUCGAUUAACCGUCGUGCCGGUAGGAGGUGUAGUGCUCGUAUGUCUUACUUGCUCUACUACUAUCAACCAAUCGAUUCGUGAACCUAGAGGUUUUCUGAACACGGGGAAAGUGAGUGAAGCAAUUUAAUAACUGAAAGUUAUGUUGAUGUGUUCAGAUUUAUGAUGGAACAAAGUAAAUUUAGUAUUGUUUCCAAUGCCUUGAAGGAAAUGCAGUUAUCGUGGCUCCACUUAGAAUAAGACGUUGUCAGUGGCGGAUUGCAGGGACUGUAGGCUUCCUCCAUUCAUCGAAAUUACUCAUCAUUACCAUGGCUAGAGACGCAAAAGCAUAUCGUGUUCCUAAGUUACCAGUGAGCAUCACGAUGCAACUCUUGAUCGCAUUUCUAUCUUUACUAGACUCAUCAGUUAUUAUCUCGGCCUUUAUUUUGGAAGGCUCGGUUAGCUCGUACGCUCAGUACCCUCGCUGGACUCCGGCUGGAGAUGGCUCAUUGGACUUCUUAUUCAGCACUUCAGAACCUGAUGGCCUGCUCUUCUACACGGACAAUGAAAGUUCUACUCAGUUCUUCCAACUGACUUUAGUUGAGGGCACAGCUAGACUCAGGUACAACUUGGGGUUAGGCAAUCGUCUAGUGAGCGCUGGUCGCAGCCUCAACGAUGGAUUUUGGCAUCACGUAAGAGUGCAAAAAUCUGGCGAAAUUAUCGAGCUCAGGGUUGAUGACUCCGUGGAAACGCACCAAGGCACUCAUGAUCACACCUUCGGGAGCAACGACUCUUCUGGAUCCGUGUUUUUCGGGGGCAUUCCACCGGACGUGACUCGUCUUUCCGGUUCCGUGGUUGCCCUGCAGCCAAGGUUCGCUGGAAAGAUCAAGGAUGUCACCUACAGAGAAGCGGAUGGCGUCGCCAAGCGUCCUGAAAUGACAGCUAGUCAAGGCGUGCGGUCAGAGAACGACGCGGGCCCUUGCGUGUCAGAGGGAAGCCCUUGCCAGAACGGCGGCCGCUGCGUCGCUGACCCCUCACGACCCACGGGCCGAGGGUGCGAGUGCUCCUACACCGACCACGAGGGGGAGUACUGUGAGAAGGGUGAGUGUGAGGGGGAGUACUGUGAGAAGGGGUGUGAGUGUGAGGGGGAGUACUGCGAGAAGGGUGAGUGUGAGGGAGACUACUGCGAGAAGGGUGAGGGUGAGGGAGAGUACUGCGAGAAGGGUGAGUGUGAGGGGGAGUACUGCGAGAAGGGUGAGUGUGAGGGAGACUACUGUGAGAAGGGUGAGUGUGUGGGAGAGUACUGCGAGAAGGGUGAGUGUGAGGGGGACUACUGCGAGAAGGGUGAGUGUGAGGGAGAGUACUGCGAGAAGGGUGAGUGUGAGGGAGACUACUGUGAGAAGGGUGAGUGUGAGGGGGACUACUGCGAGAAGGGUGAGUGUGAGGGGGACUACUGUGAGAAGGGUGAGUGUGAGGGAGAGUACUGUGAGAAGGGUGAGUUUCCCCAAUUCCCCUCAGCUCUACUUUUCCCCCUCUCCCUUCUCUCCAUUCUCUCCUCCCUCUCCAUCUUCCCCCUCCUCUCUUCCCUUCUUUUCACCCUCUCCCUCCUCUCCCCCAUCUCCCCCACAUCUUAG